AUGCCAGAUCCAACAGUGGCAAAGAGGCACGCUCACAUUGCGGUGAUCGGUGCCGGGUGGUGGUCGCAGGGCUGGCACCUUCCACACUUGAGCCGAAAUCCACUUGCGGAGAUCUCGGCCAUUGUGGAACCAUGCGACGCUCCGCGCAGCACGCUGAACCCUGAUAUGAAGACCCUGGAAGAGCUGAAGGGUCUCUACAAUGCGCCCAUCUUCAAGACCUUUGAUGAGUUCUUGCUUUCACCCGCUGCAGCAUCCACGGAUGGCGUGGUGGUGGCAACCAGCCACUCAUCGCAUGCUGAGAUUGGCUUGAAAGCCUUGGAUGCCGGUCUCCAUGUUUUCAUGGAGAAGCCGAUGACUACUGACCCCGCUGAAGCAAGAAGUCUUGCGAAUGCGGCCGUCCACCAAGACAAAGUCUUCUUGGUGAAUAACACUGCAAACUUCCGGGACUCUGCACAGAAAGUCCGCGAGGUGGUCAAGAGCAAAGUCGGUGCCGUGAAGUACGCCCAAGGUUCAAUGGCUUGCCCCUUGCUGUGGCUAUUCGAGAAUCCGGAGAACGUGGGCUGGGUUCGACCUUCCGGGACCAUGCAAGGAAAUGGCUUCGGGUGGGGGCAGAUGUCUCAUGCCUUGGCCUGGCUGUACUACGUCACCGAGCUCGAGCCCAAGAGCGUGUAUUGCAAUAUGGUCCUGUCAGAGAAGACGGGCGCCGACAUCUUUGACAGCGCCAUCAUCAAGUGUGAGGGCGGUGCCGUCCUGAACGUGCAGGGCACAGCUUCGCUGCCCUUUAAGUCAUAUGGGAGCUCCACCAAGCAGAUCGAUAUGAAGAUUUUUGGAUCAGAAGGAGUGGUGACCUACAGCGGAGAGGACAUGCACCCUUCCUCAGGCGGAUUGAAAGUUCAGCUUCAUGACGGAAGCGAGCAGUCGAUCCCAGGCUUCUAUUUCGAGAACUACGAUUCAGAGGGAGAUGGGCCCGAAUCACUUCAUGCGUUCAUCAAAGGUU